CAAAUGUAUAAUUUUUAUUAGCAUUUUAGACAUAAAAAAGGUUUCAUAAGUUGUCUAGUGUGACAGGGCCUUUAGCUGUAGUCCUCUGUUUUACCCAGAUGUCACUGAUGUCACACUACAACAGCAGUGUCAAACUCAGUUGCACAAGAGGGCUUACAUUUUAAAUAUGGGACAAGCCAAGAGCUAAUUUGUCUUUAAAUUAUUUUUUCCAAAUCAUAUAUUAUGGAGUGUUUGGUGCGUACGUAACCUAAAAAAUAUAGAAAAACUAUACAUAUAAAUAGAAGCAUCACUAGCAUUACUUUCUUGUUCUUACUCUAUCAGCAACUUGUUUAUUAUUUCUUAAAGAUACAUUUGAUCACAAUCCAGCAAAURGGGCAAAAAAAGAAAACCAACACACAAAAAAAAAAUCCAAUUAUUUGACUUAAGAAAAGAAAAGAAUAUAGAAAACGACAAUUAAAGUAGCUUCUCUGCUGCUCAUUACGCACCAAAAUCAAAAAAUUACAAUUUUUUUUACAUGAAAGUUGGCCAGCUUUCAUCAGAAGAGRGCACUAAAUAGAGCGGCAAAAAGAAAAUAAACCAUAAAACUAUUUUACAUUUAAAUUAUUACUUGUGUGGCUGAAUAAAAUGGUAACGAGGCCCUGAUUUGACCCGCGGSCGGGCCUUGAGUUUGACACAGCGUAGCAGAAGAUAUUCUGAACAGCAGCUUGCUACUUCAUGUUAACACUGCACGCUCCUUUAUAAUGUCAUUGAUAUUUUGUCAUUUUCACAAUUUAAGUUACAUUUUGCUGUUAAAAUUUGCUAAGAGAGAAAUAUACGUGUCUGUCAACUUUAUCCACACAUCCUGAGUCCGUUCUGAGACUAGUUUUUACCGAUGGAUGUAACUGAAGACAAACAUGCUAGAAACACAGAAAGAAAUACAAAAUGCAUAAUAAAGAUAAAUUUGCAUUUUUUUUUUACAUUGUCUUUUUUUUUUCUCAAGUCAGGAACAAAAUCCAGACUGUCGUGCAUUCUUAGUGCGUUCCACUAAUCGUUUGCUUUGUUUUGCAGUCUCUACACACAGUAGAGGGCAGGUUGGCUGUCCGUUGCAUUCCAGGUGUUUAUUUUUAGCCGUGAGCUUGUUUUAUCCGGACCCUCUGCAAUUGUGUCCAAGUGUUAGAUUGUGUUCCUGUCAGACUCAAAAAACUGAAAGAAUAAAGAGAGGAGGAACCUUUCAAUGGGAAAUUACAAAUCAAGACCAUCUCAGACCUGCACAGAUGAGUGGAAAAAGAAGGUGGGUGAGUCGUACUCUGUGAUCGUUGAGAAGCUGGAGGAUGACUUUCAGCUGCCAGAAAGUGCGUUGGCAGAUCUUAACCUGGCUUUCAGCUCAYAUGAGGCUUUUCAGAAGGUGAACGUGAACUACCGAACGGAGAAGGGGCUGUCGCUGCUGCACCUCUGCUGCGUGUGUGGAGGCAACAAGGAACAUUUGCACACACUGAUGCUAAAGGGCCUUCGUCCUUCCAGGCUAAGCAGAAAUGGUUUCACUGCGCUCCACCUCGCUGCUUAUAAGGACAACGCAGAGCUGCUGACGGCCCUCCUCCACGGUGGGUCAGACGUGCAGCAGGUGGGAUAUGGUGCUAUCACGGCCCUGCAUGUCGCCACUCUGGCUGGACAUCAAGAGGCUGCAGAUAUCCUCCUGCAACAUGGAGCUUUUGUCAACGUUCAGGAUGCUGUGUUUUUCACCCCACUGCAUAUCGCUGCCUACUACGGUCAUGAGCAGGUGGCGAAGCUUCUGCUAAAGUUCGGGGCCGACGUGAACGCGAGCGGUGAGGUGGGUGACCGACCGCUGCACCUGGCCGCAGCCAAAGGUUUUCUGGCCAUCAUCAAACUGCUGGUGGAAGAGAGGAGCAGAGCUAACGUAAACGCCCAGGACAACGAAGACCACGUCCCCAUGCACUUCUGUGCUCGAUUUGGUCACCAAGACGUCAUCCGUUUUCUCCUCCAAGAAAACCUCGAAGCUCAGCCUCAUUCUGUCAACAUCUACGGCGACACGCCGUUGCACCUGGCCUGCUAUAACGGCAAAUUUGCCGCGGCGAAGGAGAUCAUCCAGCUGUCGGGAACGGAAAGUCUUUCAAAGGAGAACAUAUUCAGUGAGACCGCACUCCACAGCGCCUGCACUUAUGGUAAAGAUAUCGAGAUGGUAAAGUUCUUGCUGAGCCAGAACGCCAUGAGCAUCAACUUCCAGGGCCGAGACGGACACACAGCUCUCCAUAGUGCGUGUUUCCAUGGUCACAUCCGCCUGGUGCAGUUCCUGCUGGACAGCGGAGCAGACAUGAACCUGGUUGCCUGCGACCCCAGCAGGUCCAGCGGGGAGAAGGAGGAGCAGACGUGCCUGAUGUGGGCGUAUGAGAAAGGUCACGACGCCAUCGUCACUUUGUUGAAACACUACAAGCGUCCAGAUGAUUCUCCGUGCAACGAGUACUCCCAGCCAGGAGGGGAUGGGUCCUACGUUUCAGUUCCGUCUCCUCUGGGGAAGAUCAAAAGCAUGACUAAAGAAAAGGCAGAGGUUCUUGUCCUCAGGGCCAGCCUCCCGUCUCAUUUCCACCUUCAGCUAUCUGAGCUGGAGUUUAAUGAAAUUAUCGGCUCUGGCUCCUUUGGGAGAGUCUACAGAGGCAAAUGCAGAAACAAAAUUGUCGCCAUAAAACGCUAUCGAGCCAACACGUACUGCUCCAAGUCGGACGUGGACAUGUUCUGCAGAGAGGUGUCCAUCCUYUGCCGCCUCAACCACCCUUGCAUCAUCCAGUUUGUAGGGGCYUGCCUGGAUGACCCCAGUCAGUUCGCCAUCGUCACUCAGUACGUCUCUGGAGGCUCGCUGUUCUCCCUGCUGCAUGAGCAGAAGAGGCUCAUCGACCUGCAGUCCAAGCUCAUCAUUGCCAUCGACGUGGCCAAGGGCAUGGAGUACCUGCACAACCUCACCCAGCCCAUCAUCCACCGGGACCUCAACAGCCACAACAUCCUGCUUUAUGAGGACGGGCAUGCGGUAGUGGCUGACUUUGGAGAAUCCAGGUUUCUACAGUCAGUCGACGAGGACAACAUGACCAAGCAGCCGGGGAACCUGCGAUGGAUGGCUCCUGAGGUGUUCACACAAUGCACUCGUUAUUCAGUGAAGGCGGACAUGUUCAGCUACGCCCUCUGUCUGUGGGAGCUGCUCACUGGAGAAAUCCCCUUCGCUCACUUGAAACCAGCUGCGGCUGCAGCAGACAUGGCUUACCAUCACAUCCGGCCUCCUAUCGGCUACUCCAUCCCCAAACCCAUCUCUGCACUUCUUAUGAGAGGCUGGAACUCGUGUCCAGAGGACAGGCCUGAAUUCUCUGAAGUGGUUUCCAGCCUGGAGGAAUGUCUGUGUAAUGUUGAGCUGAUGUCCCCGGCUUCCAGCAACAGCAGCGGCUCCCUGUCCCCCUCCUCCUCCUCRGACUGCCUGCUGGGGCGAGGCGGACCGGGCCGGAGCCACGUGGCCGCCCUGCGCUCCCGCUUUGAGCUGGAGUACGCUCUCAACACUCGCGCCUACGCCUUCUGGACUCAGAGUGAGCGUCGUCGGGCUUCUGGUGGCCUUUCGCUGGAGGAAAUCAGGAGGAACAUGCAGUUCUCUCCCAUCGAUCGAAACGGGUACGUUUCUGAUCCCAUGAGCACCAUGAGGUUCCGCUCAUCGUUCAGCAGCAGCGGCAGCUUUGAGGACAGUACCUGAACCCACAUCAGGAUCUGGACUCUUUUAUUGCUACCUAACCCAUUUAUUUACUGUAAUCUYUGAACACAUUAGAGAUAAAACUAAACAAAGAGGGGUAGAAGCUAACAAAUGAUUGUUUCUGUAGUUUGUUUUUAAGGUUUACAAAUAAAGUUUUUUUUGUGAAUUGUAUCAUUAGAUAUAAUUAAAUAU